AUGGUCAGAAAAAUACGAUACGUGAGAACUCGAAGAGUGUCUGGGAAAAUGCCAAAAGACAUGCAGAUUUGUUCGUCAAGCAUUGCAAAUACGGUUGCAGAUACGGUUGCAGAUACGGUUGCAGAUACGCCCGAUCUCGAGUUUACUCAUCAUUUAGUAUGGAAUAACUUUUACAGAGUAUUCGGCCAUUGGAAAAAUGUUCAAACUGUAAAAAAACGCACUUGCACCUCAGAACUAAAAGAGGGUGAUUAUUGCAUGCAAAAGUGUAAAGCUAAACAGUGUCGUAAUAAUAAUGAGGGUCUCGGUAUUGUCACCAAUUUCGAACCUCUAGAAAUGUCGGACAAAGUUGAUAAUGAAAAUCCUCAUAGAGAAGAUUUGUGUGUAAAGUGUAUUGCAGGCCAUUGGAAAUCAGCAUACCUAAUUGUAUUUACUUAUGCAACGCUUUUGACAUUUGCAUUUACACUGGCAGCGCCAGUAAAAGAAAAAAAUAAUCAGAUAGACACAACAACAUCGACUUCCGUCUCAGCUACUUCUGUAACCGCAUCACCUAAAGUAUCACCAAGUAAAAGUAGUAGCAGUAGCACACAUAAUGGUAACUUUAACGGAAAUGGAGACGGAAACAAUGGAAACGACAAUGGAAAUGGCGGCGGUCAAUACAACGGGAAUUUCAAUGGAAAUUCUGUUGGUCAAGGAAUAAUAAUUGCACGAAAAGGACACGAUAGCCAUAAACAACUUUGCGCUGCCUAUUUAAAAAAUUUAAAAGCUCAUAAUAACGGAAACAAAAAUGGGAAUGGGGGUGGUUUCUUCAAUGGAAAUUUCAAUGGCAACGGACAAGGUCACGAUAACGGAAACAUUAAUGGUAAUGGCGGGGGCGAAGUGAACGGAAACUUUAAUGGUAAUGGCGCCGGCGACCAUAAUGGAAAUUUAAAUGGAAACAACAAGAAACGAGACAGUGGAAGCAACAACGGGAAUGGCGGCGGCUUCUUUAACGGAAACAUCAAUGGAAAUAUUCUUCAAUUCACCACAUUCAUAAUCAAAGAUCGUCAAUUUGAUGUCGCAAAAUUUGAUUUCGAGCAAUGCCAUCCCGGUGAAAAUGGAGUGAAUAACGGACAAGGUGGCGGUGAAUUCAAUGGAAAUUUCAAUGGAAAUAUUUUCGAUUUCGUCUCUAUCGUUGAUGCUGAUGGUGAUGGUGCUUCUGAUGAUCAAGAAAACAAAAACACCAAAGAAGAUAUUGCCCAGGAUAAUGCUAAAAAUGAAAAAGAGUUUGAUGACGGCAUAGCACAAGGCAACGGCACAAAUGGACAUCUCAAUGGAAAGCAGAUUCAACUUUCUGCUUUUGUUGACCUUGAUGAAGAUAAUAAAGAUCAUCAUCAUAGUAAAAAGAAGAGUCACAGACACCAUCGUCACGCCAGUAGAAAAAGAUCAUUUAAUUUGUAA